AUGGAGACAGCAGGUAAUUCAACUCUAGUAGAAUUGAAUUGGCUGGAAACGAAAUGGGAGCAAAUGUAUGAGGAUCGUAAUCCACUUCUUGUUACUGGUAUCUUUGCCUUCUUGAUGCAUGAGCUUGUCUAUUUCGGACGUUUCAUCCCCUUUUUAAUUUGUGAUUUUAUUCCUUAUUUCAAGAAAUAUAAAUUACAAGAGGAUAAAACAAAUACAAGCGAUGACUAUUGGAAAUGUACUAAAAAAGUACUUUAUGCUCAUUUUGUAUUUGAAGGGCCCUUAAUCUUUUUAUUUCAUCCAUUUGCUACCAUUUUAGGUAUGAAAGUUUCUGCUCCUUUCCCCGCUUGGCAAAAUAUGUUGGUACAAAUAGCUAUCUUCUUUGUCUUUGAAGACUUUUAUCAUUAUCAUUUGCAUCGAUUUAUGCAUUGGCCACCGUUUUAUAAAAAGGUCCAUAAAAUACAUCAUGAAUAUGCUGCACCAUUUGGUAUCGCUGCUGAAUAUGCUCAUCCAAUUGAAACCAUGAUUUUAGGAUUUGGAACAAUUGGUGGCCCUUUAAUUUAUCAUUAUUGUUCAAUGCAUUUAUUCAAUUUUGGUCCUGAUUGGGGACUUCAUUUGAUUACUAUGCUUACCUGGAUUACAGUGCGUUUAUUUCAAGCUAUUGAUGCUCAUUCUGGAUAUGAUUUCCCUUGGUCUCUUUGUCAUUGGGUUCCCUUUUGGGCCGGUGCUGAGCAUCAUGACUACCAUCAUCAAGCAUUUUUAGAUAACUUUUCAUCUUCCUUUAGAUGGUGGGAUUAUCUCUUUGGCACUGAUAAGAGAUACCGUGCUUAUCGUGCUCGUCAAGCUGAAGAAAAGCGUCUUAAAAGUAAGAAAGGCUUGUAA